GAGAAAGAGAGAGCGAAAGAGAGAGAGAGGGGAAGAGGAAGAAGAAAGAGAGAAGAAGGGAGGGAAAUUUUAAAGGGAUACGCGAUAAUAAUAGUAUCUAACGACGAGAAGAGAGUUUUAACGUUUUAAUCGUACCGUUCGUUUGACGGGAAGUCACAUCCCUGUAUACACACACACAGUCGCGUGCACGUGUACGAUACGCGCGCGCGCGGGCAUACGUACACACGCACAUAGACACAGCGCGCGUGGCACAGGCUCCCUCUAACCAUCUGCAUGUAUACGGACGUGGACGUAUGCGAGAGAGAGAGACAAGGUCGGAGAGAAGAGCGGACCCCUCGGAUCGAGAUCGACGAAGUUGCGAUCGCUGAGCUCAGGACACAAGGCUGAGAGUGGAGAGAUCGUGCGAGUGGUGGCGCGGUGGUGCGUCGAUAGAUCUUAUCAGGAAUUCUCGUUGAUAACGGUACCUCUCCCCCUUCGAGCCCCUUAAUCGAUUCUAUGAACCAGGACAGCGAAGUACCUGCAGACACAGAUAUAUUUAUAAGAAUAAUUUAUAUGAUAUAUAUAUAUAUGAAUAUAUUAUAUAAAUAAAUGAAUAUAUAAUACACACACCGAUAGUAAUAAAAGGAGUCGGUCAGGCGACAAGUAACAGCUAAGGGCAAAGAGAAUAAUAAAUAAUAACGAUACCGAUAAGAGUAAUAAUAAAUAAGAGUAAUAAACGAUAGCUGCUAAGGGUAAGAGAAAGAGAGACAGAGAGAAAAAGAGAGAGAGAGAGAGAGAGAGGAAGAGAAGAGGAGAGGAGAGAGGAGGACAAAGGAAGGAUCGUACAACAGUGUGAACGCUUAAAUAAUUCUAGAACACGCUACGGUUAGAGUACUUCUACUUUGUGGUUAAUCUACUCAGCGAUUGCGGGGCCUGUUCUACAUAUACGAUCAAGAUACCUCAAGACAGCAACGGGCGACGAUCCGACUCGACCAGUAUGCAUCUGGGAUCGCAGUUCGAGGUGCACUUCAAAAUGCGGUAGAGGAAGUCCCUCAACGAGAGGCCACGAAAUAGCUGCGGACACCCUAAAAGUGCAACUAGACGAGUCGCGUCCGUGCGUGUUAUACAGAGCAUAAGCGCGUGCAUAAUAGCAAUUAGACGGAGGGAAUCGACCGAGGAAUCAUUCGCAGCCUAUCAAACGUUGCAACGCUCGAAGGGUCGGUCUCUUGGAAACCGUCGGAGCACCCUUCGACACCCAAGGCUCAGUAUCUCGGCCGAGACGAACCUGGCUACCCCUGAUCGACGGGAACCACUGCCUUCCGAGCCACCGGGUCAUCGCAAAUCCCUCUAACAUCCCACUCCUUGCCAACCACCAGAGCUCGCCAGACCUCGAAGCACAACCGCUCACCCGAUCACCCUACUACCAACUGUCAUAAACGCGGCGCUAGUUCCCCAAUAGCUAAGAAGAUCUGCGUAAGGGACUUUAAGAAGCAAGUGAACAGAGGUGAGCAGAGGACCCGUCACGGUGGCCAGCUUAGUGAGCGGCAACGUAGCGGUGCGUUACGAUGAGGCGUCGGGAGUGGUUGGCACGGGGGGUGUCGUACUGGCAGCCACUUCCAGGUUAGCCACUACGGAUCCAGCCACGUCCAGCAUGGACACCAGCGACUCCAGCAUGGACACGACUAACGGAGGCUCGAACACCGGGGUGGCAGGCGUCGGGGCGAUCGCGUCCGUGGUGGCCGGGACGGCGUCCUUGACACUGGUCAAGGCCGAGACGCCUGAACACCUGGCUGGGACGUCCACGACGCCCUCGUCGGUCACCGGGCCGGUGACUGCGGCCGGUGGCCUGUUCGCUGGGAUCACGGCAGGCAACAAAAGCGCCAGACCGGACGACUGGCUGGCCGCGAACAGCCCCGGUUCACCGUCCGCCACACUGCAGGGCCAGCACGUGGUCUACACGAAUCCGCAGCAACAGCUAGCCGAGUCUCAGCAACAACAGCCGCCGCUGGCCCAUUCCAGUCCCCUGGCCCACCAGCAGCAGCAGCCCAGUAGCAACAACGGGUACGCCAGCCCUAUGAGUACCAGCAGCUACGAUCCUUACAGUCCCAACAGUAAGAUAGGUAGGGACGAGCUGUCGCAGCCUGGCUCUUUGAACGGCUAUGGAAGUGGCGGAGGCGGAGGUGGAGGAGGUGGCGGAGGUGGUGGUGGCGGCAGUGACGGCUGCGACGCCAGGAAGAAGAAAGGACCGACCCCAAGGCAGCAGGAGGAACUGUGCCUGGUGUGUGGUGACCGUGCCUCCGGCUACCACUACAACGCGUUGACCUGCGAGGGCUGCAAGGGCUUCUUCCGGCGCAGCAUCACGAAGAACGCGGUGUACCAGUGUAAAUACGGGAACAAUUGCGAGAUCGAUAUGUACAUGCGGCGCAAGUGUCAGGAAUGCAGGCUAAAGAAAUGUUUGACCGUGGGCAUGAGGCCUGAGUGCGUCGUGCCAGAGUACCAGUGCGCCGUGAAGCGCAAGGAGAAGAAGGCGCAGAAGGAGAAGGACAAGCCGAACAGUACAACGAUGAAUGGUUCUCCAGGCAGCGGGAUACGCAGCGACCAAAUGGGCGUGAAGAUUGAACCAGCGGAAGCCGAGUCGUUGUCCACGUCUGGAAGCAGCGGCAUUCUAACGCCGGUCAGCCCCUAUGGUUACAUUAAACCAAUCAGCCCGGAGCAGGAGGAGCUGAUACACAGGCUCGUGUAUUUCCAGAACGAGUACGAGCAACCCAGUGAGGAGGAUCUCAAAAGGAUCACGAAUCAGCCCUCAGAAGGUGAGGAUAUCAGUGACUACAAGUUCAGGCACAUCACCGAGAUUACGAUCCUGACGGUGCAGUUGAUCGUCGAGUUCUCGAAGAGGCUACCCGGCUUCGACGAGCUAAUGCGAGAGGAUCAGAUCGCUCUGCUGAAAGCCUGUUCCAGCGAGGUGAUGAUGCUCCGAAUGGCGAGGAAGUAUGAUGUGCAGACAGACAGCAUAAUAUUCGCCAAUAAUCAGCCUUAUACCAGGGACAGCUAUAACGUAGCAGGCAUGGGCGAGACGAUUGAGGAUUUGCUACACUUCUGCCGGCAGAUGUACACCAUGAAAGUGAACAAUGCUGAGUACGCGUUGCUGACGGCCAUUGUCAUAUUCUCAGAGAGGCCGAACCUGCUCGAAGGCUGGAAGGUCGAGAAGAUUCAAGAGAUCUACCUGGAGGCGUUAAAGGCGUACGUGGACAACCGGCGCAGGCCGAAGUCCGGCACGAUCUUCGCGAAGCUGCUCUCUGUGUUGACCGAGCUGCGGACACUCGGCAACCAGAACAGCGAGAUGUGCUUCAGUUUGAAGUUCAAGAACAAAAAGCUGCCAGUUUUCCUCGCCGAGAUCUGGGACGUGACACCCUAGUUUCCCCGUUGCCGAUCCCUGUCGGCUAACAGUGUUGUUUCAUCGCGAGUCCGCGAGGCGUCCGAGACGACGAAGCUGAUAGAGCACAGCAUCAUCGGCAGACGUGGAACGUGGACGUGGAGAACCUCCUGUACUAGUGCACCACCAUGCCACUGCCUGAGUAGUAGACCGAUGUCGUCUAAUAGCAUCGGCACGUACAGAAUUCGCUUCUCACCUUCUCUCAGCUCUAUACCGGUCUUGUGAAGUUACCAUGAGGCUGGGGGAGCAUUUGGCAGUGCUAGUUUGGAGCUAGACGCGGAGGAUGACGAUGAUGUAUGUACGAUGAAGUCAGGAAGAACCGAAGGCAGUGGCGAGGCACCCAGGCUGUGAUACGUAGAGACAGUACAGAAACUGUAAUAAGGAGCUACCUACAGUUACGUUAUUACUAUAUCCUCUACCUGACUACCCCCGAAAUCGAUAUGUAAAUGUAUAAUGUGUAAUGUAUAAGAUACCUGCUAAAGGCGGGCGCGUUGUAAGAGCAACAAAACGAGUACGAGUGUAACCAGAAGAGCUAAGAGACAGAGUGUGAGAGAGGGAGUGUGUGUGUACUGUAUGCGUGUGGAAUUUUUGGCUGAGAUGUAAUUGAGAAGAUACUAUGAUAAUCAUGAUGAUAACGAUGAUGAUAAUGAUGAUGAUGAUGAUGAUGAUGAUGAUAAUGAUGAUGAUGGUGAUGAUGGUAGGACAGACAGGAUCAAUAGCACUCCUUGCGUAGCCGUGUGCGGAGAAAGGAGUAGAAUGGGACGAAUGGGCGGGCCGGCUGUUGAGCAGCGACCUGGCCUGGCCGACUCGUGAAUCGAGUGCGAAAUAACAAAGAAAGAAAAAUGAUGAUGAUGGAAAAUAACAAACGAUACGAUUAUACAUAAUGAUACCAUAGAGUCUAUAUCACAACACAUAGCAUAAUAAUAUAUUGCUAGCAUGUACAUUGUUUAUACAAGGAAAGAAAAGAGAAAGAGGUGGUUAGAGUUUGAUCAUAAUGAUGACGGUGAAUGAUGGAGAGGAGGAACGGUUUUUCCGCGACGAACAGGUGUCGAAGACGAGGCUUGGCAUUUGCGCGCGUCCGGGUUUUCUUUUUCGCGUACUGGCAGAGCAGAGGGAAACGAGAGAGAUGGGUGGGAAGAGAGAAAGAGAGAAUAAAAGUGUAGUAGCAAUGUAGGACGUUAAGUAAAGUAAAAGUAAGCGAGGCUAGUUGGUAGUAGGUUGUAGUAAGUCAGUGAAGCUAGGCUAGGUGACCGAGUUCAAGUGCAAAGCCUUGUGCCUUCAGCAGCGGACAUCGGCUCACCGACAAACGAAAUCGUAAAAUUUAACCGUCCGUUUUAAUUUUUUAAUAAAAAAAAAAGAUGAAAAAAUCAACAAAACCAAGCAAAAUAUUGUAAAUCUGUGCGAGAGAGAGGGAGAGAGAGAGAGAGAAAGGUAGAGCGAGAGAUAGUACGAAAGAGAGGGAGAGUGAGUGUAUAUGGAAUAUUAAAUUGCGUUUAGACGGUGAGAAAGGAAGAGAGGGAGAGAAAGGAAAGGGUGUAAGAGGGAGUGCAUGAAAAGCAUUGAGCUGGAAGAGGAAAGAAAGAGAGAGAGAUAGGGGGAGAGAACGAGAGCGAGUAAGAGAGAGCAGAUUACGUGAAAAACUGGCAGGAACUGCGGAAACGAAAGAUCUUUUUAAUAAGGAGAAACACGGAACAGGGUCACGCCAAAUCAGCUGAAGACACGAACUGGAAGUGAGAACUUAGGGGAAUGAUGAUACGUUUCGACACGUUGCGUCUCCAAGAUUAGCUAAACCUUGGGACAUACAAUGCUAGCAUAAAAACACACUCGACUGUUAAAGGACAAACGAAAGGAAGCUGGAGAAGUGGCACUGAGAAAAUAUCCCGAUCAGCAGACACAUGCGGUAGCUUCUGCGAUCGGCUUUCAGCCGGUUCGUAUACGAACCGAGAGUGACAGACACACGUACACACAACGUACAGGCAUGCACGAAACAUCAGAGAAACACAGCAGAUCUGGUCACAGGAGUAUUGGAAAACUGGGAAAGAUUUACAGACACACACCUACGCAUACACACAGACACAAAUGUGAGCCACACUGUACACUAAGAUUCUCAAUGUUGUAACACUGUAACUCUAUGCUAUUAACUGAUCGUAUGCAGUUGUAUUCCGUAGUAAAUUAAACGAGCAAACCAAAAAAAAAAAAAAAAAAAAAAAAAAAAAAAAAAAAAAAAAAAAAAAAAAAAAAAUGAAAAAAAGAAACGUAAAUUCGUGUAAUGUACGUACAACGCGUGCAGAGUUCGUUGAGUUUAGUAGGAGCAUCGGGAAAGAUCAGAGGUGGUUGGAGUUAACAGGCGGUCUAUUAAUUUCGACGACAAAAGAAACAAGCAGUUAGGGAGAUCCAGAUGAAAGGCUGGCGAGCAUAGUGAGACUGGAUAUAACGUGUAGUCAUCGUGGAUGGCAGUUCCAUACAUGAAACGGUGGACAAGAGAAAGACUUAAUUAAUACUUCGCCUAGAACAGAAUAGAAACAUCUUAUAGACACACGUACUGUGUUUUACUAUUGUACAGUUAUACCUGUCAUACGUCGAACGAAGCGAAACACUUAUGCGGCACGUUACUAUACUCGAGUAACAUCGUUCUUCUCCAAUCAUGUCGGUCUGGGACGAUUCUAACACGUUCCCGUACUCGAUACUCAAGAAUCAAUGCUAUACACGAGUCACGUGACCCAAUAAUCAUCGCUGAUCGUCACGUCCAUUAGGUUUGGACACCUUUGAUACCUCGGAUCGGCAUGAUUUGGAUGGUGGGGUCAGACAGUCCCCUUGAAGUCUAUCAAGACAAUGAAAGAUCUAUUAAGUAUGCAAAAUGCCGCAAGGCAGACACUGCCACACCGCAGAACAGCGUGGAAAGAACGUUGUGAUGGUACAAGAUGGAGUUGCGAAAGAAAACCGGAAGAAGGACACCCAAACUAUCACCGCCAUUACCCACCGACGUGGUUGUCGCUUCUAGCUUCAUGCGGCACGCGUUAUUCUCCAGAAUCAGCAAGAUAUGACACCCCUUGGAACUUCGGACACCCUAUCAGAGCGUUGCUGGGGGCUAAUUUCUACCCCUCUGUUGUGAUCGAGAUUGAUCAGUUAACGUGACUACAUUUAAGAGUAACAGUAGACAUCCAAAACUAUCAGGAUUACAGUCUACCAGUGGAAGUUGUUGUAAGCACAGGAUAAUUGUUAAAAGGUGACCCCAGCAACGAUUGGAGGCCGAGGGGACCUGUACAGAGACACCAGCACACUUGCACACACCUGUACUCCGCAUUUGUUGUACGACAAAAACACACUCGUGCGUUUACCACAUCGAGUGCUUUUGAACAUCGCCGUUUUUGCUGAAAAAAGGAAAGAAAGAGGAUGAGGAAUGAAUGAGGAAUGAGAACGGAAGGAAAAUUUUCUUGAAAGCACCACACAUCGCGACGACAUUGCCUAUUGUAUACACCUGUACAGUAGCUGUGUGUCGUCGAUCCGUGGUAACGAGCAUCUUUGAGGUUGUACCACGGGUCGACGACCGUAACACGUUCGUUUGGACUUUAGAGUUCUUUAAGAGUUAACGUUUAAGCGUACUGCGCGCGAGGACAGCUUGUAAAAUCGUCUACUUCCUUUUCACUCGCUAGAAAUGGACACUUUACAAAGAUGUCCGCGGUUAAAUCGCCAUUGCUGAAGAAUAGCACCCUGUCAAGUCGUUCUCUCAUACACGGGAACAGCGACUGACGUUUACCCCUAGGGUUGAGUCAAGCUUCAGUUGGAAUGAUCAAGCUCUUGUCUCCCUCGACUAGGGUACACAACUUGUGUUUCUUGCGAUGAGCUUCUGUUGAUAAAGUUUCCCACACUGUUAGAAUUAUAUUACAUGUUAUCUGUUCCGAAUUGUUGCCGCUUAUUGAAGUUUACCUGUCAUAGCCUGUUACCGAUGAGAAUCUCGCUGUUUUUAAUGCAAUAGACUUGCCUAGGAAAGAACGUUGACUGCGUCAACCUCGACUAAUUUAAGAACUUUAACUUCUUCUAGGGAACUUAAUUGCUUUCAACGGGGGAAAGCGAGGAAAGUACCCUGAAUGUAAUCACGCAAGGUGGAUAAAUUCACAGCCAGGUUAAAAUUACAGAGCUUGACCAUUCAAACGAAGAGAACAGUUUGGGUACUCCUGGUUCGAUGCCAAAGCAAAAAUCGUGCAAUAAAAUAAGGUGGUGGUAGAAGGUAGUCAGUGUCUUGCAUGGGAGAACGACAGGAGGAAACGACGUUCUCAGAAUGGAGAUAUUCCCCCUGUAUCUUGGGGCGCAGGAAAAAUUCGUCACGGCCCGUCGACGGCAGGUCGUCAUCGAC